CCAUUCCAACACGUGGACAGUUGAAUUCUUUCACCGAGUCGCGCUAGUCCCCAGUUACGAAGGGCAUUCUUGUCUGUGGAUGUCCAGGAUGUCGCGCCUUCCUCUUAUUGGUUAAUUAUCGUUAUCUUGCCUCGCCCAAUUUAUGUGUUUGAGUACACGUGUAAACACUAAUCGGAAACUCUACUCUUAAGUCAGUCUUCCUCAUAGUUAGUCUUCCUUUAUUCAUAAGAAUAUUAUUUGCAACUAAGCGAUCCGAAAAUGCUCAGAAACCUUCUAUACUUUGUGACCAUCGUCAAGAUAACGUUCGCUGCUCUUGACUGCCCUCCUUUAAAUUACUUCAAUGGGACGCACUGUACACAAUGCACAAAGUGUCCCCCAGGUUUUGGCGUAAGAACAAAUUGUACACCUGAAAAAGACACGGUCUGCCAGCCAUGUUAUCCGCGAUACGAUUAUUCGAACACAACCGGAUACGAACCAUGCAUUCUUUGUCAUACUCACUCAAAUUGUAUGGAGGGUGCCUUCAAAGUAAUUAAAACCUGCACCAUUUUUGGACCGUACGUUUGUGAUGGGUGCGCAGAGGGAUACUAUUUUAAUCCUAGCUCCGGCUUAAAUGGGGCCUGUACAAAAUGUAGACAACCCUGCAACAAUUUGGAAGAAGAAAAGCGAACAUGCAAAACAGAGCACAACCGAAUGUGUGUCCUCGCAAUAAAAACACCACCUACAGUGCGUGUUUCGAGCAACUCUUCUCGGGAAAGAACAGUUGUUCCAGAAUUAGAUUCUGUGGAAACAACAGUUAUUCCGACAGAAACAUCAAUUCAGCCAGAUGCAGCGGGAACAACUCCAAUUGCAAAAGAAACAUCAACUUCUGAACCAUGGCAAGGAAACCCUUCUGCGGAAAUAACAGUUGUUCCAGAAUCAGAUGCUGUGGAAACAACAGUUGCUCCAACAGAAACAUCAGUUCAGCAAUCGAAGGAAAAUCUGUGGUUCAAGAUUGGCUUAGCGGCUGUCGCAUUGUUAGUUUGUGCACUUAUGGGGAUAAAAUGUAAACGAGGCUGUGAGAAGAAGAAGAAGAAAGAGCGUGGCAAGACAAAAAGGGGAGGAAAUAUUGAGAUGCAAGAUGUACCACUAAUGAGAGGCUUGGAUUGUCCAAUUCAAGACCUCCCAGUCAGUAACAGAAAAUCUAUUUCGAAGAUGCCCAAUGGGAAAGACUUCUUAGGCUAUUUCUACUGGAGAAUAGUCGCCGAGAACCUUGGUUUGGGAAAUGAUUGGGAAGCCUGGGGGAUUUCGGAGAAUCCGACAGAACUCCUUCUCAAAUCGUAUGGCCAAAAGAGUGGCAGUACAAUUCAAGGGCUGAUCAGAGCCCUUAAAGAAGCCGACCUGACUAAAUUUGCCGAUGAUAUCGAAAACAUGUUUGCCACCCCACCUCAGGGUGGACCUUAGAGGAUGGCCCAGAACGAGAAGCCUACGGCUACCUCAGAUGAUGUUCCGUUUUCACCGAGGCAUAAUGCUAUUGGUCUACACUAGCUAUUCAGAAUAACAAACUAGCUCAUUCCUGGAAAAAAAUUCUUCAUAUACCAUCAAAGAAAUUGAAUUUAUGGAAUAUUUGAAUUCAAUUGCCAAUUUAAUUAUUUAUCAAAGGUGUAUUUGGUAUGACUAAAGAUCUAUGACGGAAUUUGUAAUAGAAGAUGAUUCAGUUGAGGAAACAAUGGUUCAUCAUUGAUGCUUAGCUUAAUAUAAAUCUCAAAUACAAGUAAAAGGAAGAAAAUACAAGAAACAAAAAACUAAAAUAAACAAGGAAAGCUUGUUUCUUCUAUCAUUUUGAUAAGCUAUAGAAUAGAUAGAAGGCUUGCUUGGUGGAAAUGCCCAAUUGUUUGCAGUUUAGUAGUGACUACACUAAUGUAGUUCCAAGGUGUGUGAUCUACUUUACUAUUGUUAGUCUUUCACCUUACAUGUAUGGUGAUCUCAGGGAAUAAUCAAACAUUCAAUUCACUCUCUCACUAUCUAACUGAUAUUAUUUCAGUGAUAUUUCCAAUUACUUAACUUUUUACUUAUUUAACCUUUUGAUGGUAUUUAACAACAAGGAUUCUUAAUUAACUAGCCUUAACCAGGUUUAGAAUGAUGCUAUUUCCCUGGUUUAGAUAGCCUUGUCUCACAAUUGUCUCUCCUCCAGAGGUAAUGAUACAAGAGGUCUACUUUUUGUGGUAAUUAGAAAGUGACAAAAAGUUAUCAAAUAUACCAGUAGCAUUAUUACAAUAUGUGACCACAGCAUUCUGUCAUGGAUAAAUUACAGAGCAAAAUGUCCACACAAUACCAUAAACCUUCUAACAGUCUUGAAGCCAAAACAUAACCACUUACAAUGACUGCUUCAACUCCAAAGGCCAUCAAUUUGAUCUUAAAAUUCAGAGAUCAGUUAUUUUCUACUUGCUAGGUAAAAAACAAAACAAAAACAAGAAAGAAGAGAAAUGGUUAUUCAGCUUGAGUUUCCCUUUAUAGUAUUGUAAUCUGCACAUUUUUCUAAAAAGCCUGGUGACAACAGAUAAGAAUAGAUGGGAAGCUCUAAAACUCUACUCUCAGCCUGUUGACUCCAUGAGAAGCAACUGUGUGAAAAAAAUGUAUUUAGUACACUGCUUGUCUAUUUUCUGAGCUCAUUUUCAUAUUUGUAAAUCAUAUUUUUAUCAUAUUUUUUUCAUGUUUGUAAAGCAUAAGAAACAAGAUCAAGGUAAUCUUGAUUGUUUUAGUUGCACUGAAGAUGACAAGUGACAGUUUUUAGCAUGAUGAUAACUUUGUAGAGUAUUUUGGUCUCACUUUUUAAAAUUACUUUGAAAAGGUUGCGUAUAUCGAUCCAUCUAUAAGUUUUAUAGCCACAAGUUCUAGCCAUAUUCAUGAAUUAUUGGCAGAUAGGCAAACUGGUUGGUGACAAAUUACUUGCUAUGCAUAUGAAAGUUUUGUAAGAUUAGGUUGUUUUCUUAACAAAUAGUUUGACUAUCUUCAACAGUUAUUUAGUUAUUAUUUUGUUUUCUGAGCAUGGGACAUUAAUGUUCUGUUUUUACCUUAAUAAAUAGUUAAUUUCAAUAAAUUGUAAACAGUUAAUUAAUUAGUUGUUUGUUUAGUUGUUUGUUUAGUAUGAUGUAUAUUACAUCAUUUAGUAUGAUGAUAUAUUACAUUAUACAUAUCUUGUACUCUGUUUUAAGCCUACCUCAGAUUAAGUGAUUAAUUGACUUCAUUGUCUUUGUGAUUGUAAAAUCUGAAAUUUGAUUAAAUAAUAAAAUAAAUAAAUAAAAAUAAAAAUUAAUAAAUAAAAUAGUUGUUUCUUCACUUGCUAGGUGUAUAAAUUCAUAAAUAUAAAACUGGGUACAUUUGGAGCCCAUACCCUCACUGUUUUCUUUUCUUUGGUUCAUUUGCUGAAAUGGGGUGAGGCUUGAGGUUGUGAUUUUCUUUUCUAAAGGGGGUCUCCCCUUUUUAACUGUCUGGAUUCAUCCUGGCUUAUAAGAACUCCACAAAUGGAAACUGACACAAGGAAUGAUCACUUUAAUUGAGGAUAUUUAACUAGCCAAGGGUUUUUUUUGUCCUUAUUUAUUUGGAGUGGUUUAUUUUGAAGUAAUUUAUUACCAAGCAUCCUUCUUGCUUUCGUAUAAAUCGAUCCUGUACAUCAACAUUUGUAAGUAUUCCAGACUUUAACAAAAUGCCAUCAUUAAGCAUAGGAUAUGUUUAAUAUAAUUGACAACAUUUAGUGCAUAGUUAUCAUAUUAAUUAGAAUAUUUAGCUCAAAUGAUGUUUUAUUUCAAUUGAAUAUGAAAAUAACUAUUUGAAUGUCAUCUGAUAUUGGGAGUACUUUUAAAUAUUUGUCUGAUCAACUGCCUUUAGAUUUUACUGGCAGAGAAGGAGGGAGGGUUGGGGACAGAUGAAAGAAUAGAAAUCUAGUCAUGUAAAUACUUUUAAAGUGCAAGGUACUUGCUUUUUCUUU